CGUUCUUUCUUUAUAGCGCCACACCUCGGCGGUCCCAUGGGACCGUCUCUCUGCCACGUACCGCAUGUUCUGCGGGCCCCACUCAGCUUCGUGCAAUAAGGCGUCUCUCUUCUUCCUCUCCCUUGAGGUGAGCGUUAGCGUUGGCUGCAUCAGGUGAAGCGGGGGCGGCGCUCUCUCUGCUGCUCCCGUUGUUGUUGGCAUCUGCUCGACUUCAGUCUCUCUUAUGAACAGGACCUAUCGAGAGAGAAAGCACAAUCGCUUCGUUCGACGACUUCGCGCUCUUCUUUCGACUCACAGAUUGCUUCGUUUGCCUCGCCUGUCUCUGAUGACCGAAUGAGCUGCUUUCAUCUGUUUGAAUUGAAUGCUAUCUCAAAUUGACUUCUCCCAUCCAUCUCUGUCUCUGGAUUUUGCCACCUUUAGCUUGUUUUGUCGAUCAAAAUCCGAUCUUUUUGUGUCUCUGCUCUCUGAAUUUGUUGCAGUCUGAUCUCUCCCUUCUUUCUCUGUUUUGAUCGUGAAUCCAUUCCGUUCAAUCCAAUUUUGGUCGGUCGGAUCGAGAGCGUCGACAAAUGCAAAGGAAAGCUCCCUUGGAAGGUUCCUGCAGCUUGCACUCUUGGGAUCGACGAAUCUCCACCAUGGAAACCAACAGAAUCCCGAUGGCCCCUCUAAGCACUGUUGAAUCCCUUCAUAUUUCCACGGAGUGAUCGCGUUAGACGCAGAGAGUUCCCCUGUUUACCCUCGUCAUGGGUUGCACGGGCUCGAAGCAGGUCGGCAGACGCCGCGGAUGGAGCCCCAGUCCUUGUGUUGGCAGUCACUUCCUCCCCGUCCACUACGACGGUGAUGUCAACGCCCUUUACCGGGGGGGAGACGACCACCACGCCGUCUCCCUCACCUCCACGACCCUCGGCUCCUUAGUGCUCGACCGCGAGGACCUCAGCUUCGACGAAAAGGCCAUGAUAAAGAGCACCAACGACCUCCCGGCGGUGACCACGGAAGCCAACGUCGUCGAGGGGCUCGUCCGUGCCAAGACGUUGUCGGGGAUGGUGGAUCGCCGGAUCCCCGAGUCCCCGACGAUGACCCCGUCCAACGAGCCGGAGGUCAUCAACGCCUGGGAGCUUAUGGCCGGCCUCGAGGACGCCAGCUCCCCCCACCUCUCUCUCGCCGAUGCCGUCGACUGCUCUUUGUCCUUCGGCACCUCACGGGAUGUGCACCGUUCAUGGCCCGAUUCCGAGCUUUCGAGUGCGGCCUCCUUGCCGAAGCCGCAGUGGAUGCAGCUCAGCCCGGUGGACUCCGUCGUCUCCGAUUUCGACCCAGCGAUCUCGACCUCCUUCCGCGAAGCCCUCGACGUGUUGUCGCCGCAGCAACAAUCCCAUUCCAUCCUGCAAUCCCCUGAGCUCGACAAGGAAGACAAGGACAAAAACAAGGAGCCCUCUCGCGCAAGUGCAAGAACCGGAUCGAUAGAGUCUGCCGAUGGCCGCGAAGUUCCGGAAACCAUCGGCAUUGUUCGAGCAAGAAUCAACGAAUUCCAACAAAAGAUCGACGUCAAAAAGACCAGACCCAACGCCAGUUCCUCUGAGAUGGCGUCUUCCCUCGUAUGCCCGCCGGGUGGCGAGGGGAAGGUGGUGUUCUACUUCACCAGCAUCCGCGGGAUCCUGAGAACGUUUGAGGAUUGCUGGGCCGUCAGGGUAAUACUUCAUGGCUAUGGCGUUCGCGUCGACGAGAGGGACGUGUCGAUGCAUGCAGGAUUCAAGGAAGAGCUGAUCGACAUGCUCGGCCCGGGGUACGGCGGCAACAGUCUGCCGAGGGUCUUCGCCAACGGGCACCACCUGGGCGGGGCAGACGAGUUGAGACACCUACACGAGGUGGGGAGACUCUCCAAGCUCAUAGAGUUCUGCGAGAUGGAGUCGCAGGGGAAGGGACGCGGCGACGCAGCCUCCUCAUGCGAUGGCUGCGGCGACGUGAGGUUCGUCCUCUGCGGGACGUGCUCGGGGAGCUGCAAGGUGUACGUCGAAGCGGAGGAGGAAGGCGACGACUUGGGAAGGUUCCGAAGGUGCCCCGACUGCAACGAGAACGGGCUUGUGCGAUGCCCGGUGUGCUGCUUGCAGAGAGAGUGAUUCCGUGAAGGUGUUCGACGUUUUGCUUUGUUCUGUAUGUACAGCAAGAGGAUGAAACUGAACUCUCUCCAACAAAAGAUGAACAUUUAGCUUCUUGCUCUUCUUUUCCUUUUGUUCUUUGUCUAUUCUUAGUGGGAAAGACACAGAAGUGAAACCCAUUACUAUGUGAUAAGAUUGAAGCAAUACAAAGUUGUAGAUCUCAGUGA